AUGAAGACCAAAGCAAUGCUAGCUACCGGUAAAUGGAUCGAGAAAAGAAUGAAUAACCAACAGCUGCAAGUUUAAUUAAAUGCCACCGAACUUAAACGAGUGAGCUCACAAAAACUCUUAGGUGUCACAAUUGAUCACAAACUCUCUUUUGAUGACCACUGACCAUAUCGACGAACUCCGUGAAAAGCUCUGUCAGCGAAUUGCCGUGCUGAGUAGGAUUAAGAGAUUUCUUCCUCUGGAACAGAGGAAAGCGUACUACAACGUCAUGAUUAAGCAAACAAUAAUGUAUGCGUCCACUGUAUGA